AUUAGCAUAGCCCCCGUCCUCUCCGUCUCCGUGCUGCUGCUCGGCUCCGUGUCCGUCUGUCCGCCACUUCUGCUUUAUUUAUUUGAUUAAUUUGGUUUUGUUGCGGUUUAGCUGGCCGCGGUCCGGUCCGCCCGGUGUGCUCAGCAUGGCGUUCACUCUGCAGGGCAGCAAGAAGAAAGUCUGUUAUUACUAUGACGGUGAUAUUGGAAAUUAUUACUACGGUCAGGGUCACCCAAUGAAACCCCACCGGAUCCGCAUGACCCACAACCUCCUGCUGAACUACGGCCUCUACCGCAAGAUGGAGAUCUACCGUCCUCAUAAAGCCACAGCGGAGGAGAUGACGAAGUACCACAGUGACGACUACAUCAAGUUCCUGCGCUCCAUCCGCCCCGAUAACAUGUCCGAAUUCAGCAAACAGAUGCAGCGCUUUAAUGUAGGUGAGGACUGCCCCGUGUUUGAUGGGCUGUUUGAGUUCUGUCAGCUCUCCACUGGAGGAUCAGCAGCCGGUGCUGUGAAGCUGAACAGACAGCAGACUGAUAUCGCUGUAAACUGGGCCGGUGGUCUUCACCACGCGAAGAAAUCGGAGGCGUCAGGUUUCUGCUACGUAAACGACAUUGUACUGGCCAUCCUGGAGCUACUGAAGUACCACCAGAGGGUGCUGUAUAUCGAUAUUGAUAUUCACCACGGUGACGGAGUGGAGGAGGCGUUCUACACCACUGACCGCGUCAUGACCGUCUCCUUCCACAAAUACGGAGAGUACUUCCCCGGAACCGGAGACCUGCGGGAUAUCGGAGCAGGGAAGGGAAAAUACUACGCUGUGAAUUUCCCUCUGAGAGACGGAAUUGAUGACGAAUCGUACGAGCAGAUCUUCAAACCGGUGAUGGCGAAGGUGAUGGAGAUGUAUCAGCCCAGCGCUGUGGUUCUGCAGUGUGGAGCAGAUUCUCUCUCUGGAGACAGACUGGGCUGCUUCAACCUCACCAUCCGCGGUCAUGCUAAGUGUGUAGAGUAUAUGAAGUCGUUUAAUCUCCCGUUGCUGAUGUUGGGCGGGGGAGGUUAUACUAUCCGUAACGUGGCGCGCUGUUGGACCUACGAGACCGCUGUGGCUCUGGACACAGACAUCCCUGACGAGCUGCCGUAUAACGACUACUUUGAGUAUUUUGGGCCAGACUUCAAACUGCACAUCAGUCCAUCCAACAUGACCAACCAGAACACACAGGAGUACAUGGACAAGAUCAAACAGCGGCUGUUUGAAAACCUGCGGAUGCUCCCUCACGCUCCCGGAGUUCAGAUGCAGGUCAUUCCGGAGGACAGCGUUCCGGACGAUACGGUGGACGAGGACACGGAGGAUCCGGACAAACGAAUGUCCAUCCGGGCGUCCGAUAAGAGGAUCGCGUGUGAUGAAGAGUUCUCCGACUCGGAGGACGAGGGAGAAGGAGGGAGGAGGAACGUCACCAACCACAAAAAAGGAGCCAAGCGAGCUCGAGUGGAGGAGGAGAAGAAAGAAGGAGAGGAGAAGAAAACCGACGUGAAGGAGGAGGAGAAGGUGAAGGAGGGCAGCUCAGAGAAGCACGAGUCUAAAAGUGUGAAGACUGAACAGACGAGCAGUGCAUGAAAACGA